CGGCAUGGGCUGAGGCGGUGGCGGCUGUCGGGACGAGGUUGACGCGGGGCGACGAGCGAGCCGGGUCGGGGACUCGAGACGUGGGUGUGAGGAGAGGCCGGGCCGGGCCGGAGGCGUGGCUGGACCGCGGGCCCCGGUAAGUAGAAGCCAGGCUUGACGAUGGAGAUGUAUGAAACCCUUGGAAAAGUGGGAGAGGGAAGUUAUGGAACAGUCAUGAAAUGCAAACAUAAGGACACUGGGCAGAUAGUGGCCAUUAAGAUAUUCUUUGAAAAACCAGAAAGAUCUGUCAACAAAAUUGCAGCAAGAGAAAUAAAGUUUCUGAAGCAAUUUCACCAUGAAAACCUGGUCAAUCUGAUUGAAGUUUUUAGACAGAAAAAGAAAAUUCAUUUGGUAUUUGAAUUUAUUGAUCACACUGUGUUAGAUGAAUUACAACAUUACUGUCAUGGACUAGAGAGUAAACGACUUAGAAAAUACCUCUUCCAGAUCCUUCGAGCAAUUGAAUAUCUUCACAAUAACAAUAUUAUCCAUCGAGACAUAAAGCCUGAGAAUAUUUUAGUGUCCCAAUCAGGAAUCACUAAGCUCUGUGAUUUUGGUUUUGCAAGAACACUAGCUGCUCCUGGGGACAUUUAUACAGACUAUGUGGCGACACGCUGGUACAGAGCUCCCGAACUAGUGUUAAAAGAUACUUCUUAUGGAAAGCCUGUGGAUAUCUGGGCUUUGGGCUGCAUGAUCAUUGAGAUGGCUACUGGAAAUCCCUUUCUUCCCAGCAGUUCUGAUUUGGAUUUGCUCCAUAAAAUUGUUCUUAAAGUAGGCAACUUGACACCUCACUUGCAGAAUAUCUUUUCCAGGAGUCCCAUUUUUGCUGGAGUGGUUCUUCCUGAAGUUCAACAUCCAAAAAAUGCAAGGAAAAAAUAUCCAAAGCUUAAUGGAUUGUUGGCAGAUAUAGUUCAUGCUUGUUUACGGAUCGACCCUGCGGAAAGGGCAUCAUCUACUGAUCUUUUGCGUCAUGAGUAUUUUACUAGAGAUGGGUUUAUUGAGAAAUUCUUACCAGAACUGAGAACUAAAUUAUUACAAGAAGCAAAAGUUAAUUCAUUGGCAAAGUCAAAAGAGAACUCUAAAGAAAAUGAACUUGUGAGAGAUGAAAGAAAACCAAAUUUUACCAAUACGCUGCUAAGUACUUCAGUCUAUGGAAAGGAAGUGGAAAGGGGAAAAAAGCCUAAGGAGAUCAAAGUCAGAGUUGUUAAAUUUAAAGGAGGAAAAGGAGACACCUCAGGCCUGAGAAAGACCGAGUGUGAAGGUGGACACUGUCAGCAGGAUGCAGCUGAGAACACUCACGGGACAUCUCAAGACCGAAAACCAGUAGCCACGGAGCCACUAAGCCCUGCUAACACCAGCCUGAGCUCUGGCCCUGGGAAGGAAGACCCCCAUGCUGGAGGUUGUAUGAUCAUGCCACCCAUCAAUCUGACAAGCAGUAGUUGGAUGGCUGCAAACCUCAAUUCAAAUCUCUCCCACCCCUCUUCACGAUUAACUGAAAGAGCAAAAAAGAGACGAACUUCUUCUCAAUCUACUGGACAAGUUGUGUCUAAUAACAGGCAAGAGGAUGCAGGUCCCAUUCAAAGCCAAAUGGAGAAGGGUGCAUUUAAUGAACGAGCAGGUCCAAAUGACCGAAUGGCAAGUGGCAGCAAAAGGAAGCUGAAUUUCCCCAGGCCUGAAAGGAAAGAUUUCCAUUUCCCUGAACUACCUUUCUCAGUGCAGACAAAGGAGUGGAAAGGAAUGGAAGUUAAACAGAUAAAAAUGCUAAAGAGGGAAUCAAAGAAAACCGAGUCAUCUAAAAUACCAACUUUACUUAAUGUAGACCAAAAUCAAGAAAAGCAAGAGCCGAAGAAUUCUGGGUUACCCUUCAAGACGCAGCUGAAGUGCCAGCUUCCGCGGGAGCCCUUCCCAGACCCCCCGUAGCAACGCCGUCUAUCUUCAGCACGUG